UUUUUUCUACAGAUGAUAGAAUAUUCCAUAUUUAUCUCUAAAUGUAUUGUUACUCUUCUGACAUAUAAGUAUUGAACUGGUGCGGUGUGUUGUGUUUGUAAUAAAAAAAAACGAAUCAGCUGAUUUUUAAAAAUGUCCGACGAGAAAAAGACAGAUAAGAAUAAUGCAGAUUCUCCCGAUGAUCCAGAAUUAGAUGAUCUUCUUGAUAGUGCAUUAGAGGAUUUUAAUAAAAAGGAAGUAAAAAAAGAUGAAUCAUCAGCUGAAGCAGCAUUACCGCAAGGUGGUGAAGAAGCUGUAGAUGAGGAAUCCUGGUCACAAGAUUUUAUCAAACAAGCAGCCGAUCAAUUCGAAAAAAAUCUUCAAAAUCUAAUUCAAAAUGGAGGCGAUGGUGAUUUUGGAGCAUCAAUUCAAAGGAUGGCACAAAGUGUUCAAAGUGCAAUGACAACCGAGGGAAAUGAUCCCGAAGGUGUUUCUGCUGAUUUUCAAUCGGCAAUUUCACAAGCGCUACGAGAUUUAUCAGUGACUGCAGAAAAUAUGCAGAAUUCAGGAGGCGAUUUUGGUGAAUCCGAAUUGGCAGCAAUGUUAGAGCAAUCAAAUUUAGAAGAAGCGCCCGGAGAAUUUUUACCAUUUAUGCAAGGAAUGAUGCAGUCAUUAUUAUCAAAAGAAGUUCUAUAUCCAUCAUUAAAAGAUUUAGUUGAAAAAUAUCCACAAUGGUUAGAGGAAAAAAAAGACACAUUAUCGUCAGAGGAUUUUACACGUUAUUCAAAACAAUUGGAACUCAUGGAAAAGGUUUGUGCGGAACUUGAAACUGAAAAAGAGGACGACACUGAUGAAAUAAAAAAACGUAGAUUUGAUAAAACAUUAAUAUUAAUGCAAGAAAUGCAAACAUGUGGCCAUCCACCUGAAGAUUUAAUUGGCGAGCAACCUUCACUAUUCCAAUCGGACGCAUCGGGAAAUCCAAUUGUUCCUUCAUUUCCACCGAUUGGUGAUCCACAAAAUUGUUCUGUUAUGUGAAAUCAAAUUUCAAUUAAAUAAUAUUUAAAAAAAAAAUUUCUCAAUUUUUUCUGAGAAAAUAAAGUGCAAUCAUUCACCUUCGAAUCAUCGUUUGAAAAACAAAAAAAAAAAAAGGAUUCGACACUGUAAAAUUAUUUAUAUCAAGAUUUCCCCUGAAUAUUGAACUAUUUGUACAGCGUAAACGUAACAAAAUCGAAGGUAACGCUAUUUUAAUUGUGUAGAAAAUGGAUUAGUAAAUUAUUUGUACUCACCAUUAAAAUGAAAAAAAAAAAAAAAUUUUCCAACUUUUAA